UUUAAUUUUCUCUUUCAGAUUAUUCCAUUCUGAACACUACACGGGCAUCAUUAUUUUAAUGUUGAAUACUCAGACAAGAGUGCCAUGGAUGUAAAAGAAAGAAAACCGUAUCGAUCUCUGACUCGGCGCCGCGACACGGAGCGCCGCUACACCAGCUCUUCAGCCGAGAGUGAGGACAGCAAGGCUCCUCAGAAGUCCUAUAGCUCCAGUGAGACCCUGAAGGCUUAUGAUCAAGACUCCAGGUUGACUUACAGCAAUCGAGUCAAAGACAUGGUGCACCAGGAGGCCGAUGAAUUCUGCCGAGCAGGAGCCAACUUCUCUUUGCGGGAGCUGGGUCUUGAAGACGUGACGCCCACUCAUGGGACUUUGUACCGGACUGAUAUUGGGCUGCCUCACUGCGGCUAUUCCAUCAGCGCUGGCUCAGAUGCCGACACGGAGGCGGAUGUGGUCAUGUCACCUGAGCACCCCGUGAGGCUUUGGGGACGCAACACCAAAUCCGGACGCAGCUCCUGCUUGUCCAGCCGGGCCAACUCCAACCUCACCCUCACCGACACAGAGCACGAGAAUACCGAAACCGGUAAGUGAUGGCAGCGCAUGCAAUGCAGCCGCAAGCUCUACCAGCAGUGCUUCUUCUUGCACUCCACCUUAAUCUUCCUUAGUUGUAUUUUUUUUAUCAGACUCAGUGAAAAUGCUCUUCUAAUAGCCCCAUGUCACGGCCUUUUGUACUGUCCUACAGAGUGUUUGUUAAUAAACUACUGGAGAAGCUCCUACUUAUUUAUCACAGCGACAGAGAUCAUUAAGCAGCUGUAAUACUUUCUCUGCUUUCUGUAGCGACCUUUCAGACAAAAAGCAUUUAAAUCUCCCCUCCCCUGGCCAAUGAUGCUCUUAUCUUUGCUACAGAUUUUUGGGGCAGAUAAUUUCCUUCUUUUCCUUGCUGAUUCCUUGACAGGAGCCGUUUCAUUUAUGUAAAUUGGCUGACUGCUCUCUGAAGGAAAACGGCGGUGAAAUAUUUUUAGAAGCUUUUUUCUUCAUGAGAAAUAAAAGCUGAAGGUCACGGAUUUUUUAUCUCGAUAACUUUGCAUCCCCAGCUGAAGGGACUCCUGCAUGCCUUUUGUAGGUUCCGCGAACCUUUUGGUCAGCAGUUCUGCCAGGCAGAGUAGGUAGGAGAGAGGAUUUUGAUUCAAUUGCAGUGUGACCCGGGGGUUCACACAACCAUAUAAGCCUCUGCACCUUUAAUUCAAUUAUGGCACAGCCUGCUUCUUAAUAUAGCCAAGUCAUCAGGAGCUUAAGCUCAGCGCUGAAAGCUGAUGUGAAAUGACUGCAUGGCUUGUUCUCUUUAUGCUUUUUGCCACAGUAUUACAGUGACAAAUGAUGAUAACUUUUCCUUGGGAAGCCAUGACACAGUGAGACAUACACCACCCACAUGAUUUUAUGUUUAACUCCAACAAAAUUACAGUAGAAGCUUAUUAAGUUUCUGUUCAGUGAAAAUGAUGUAUUAGGCAAAGUUCAAAGAUAAACGACCUUCUCUUUAAAGGAUGUGCAGAACUUUUUUUUAAGUUAUCCUUAAAAUAUUUUUUUACGUUUGUUAGUGUAGCAUCCUAUGGGGUUUCACCCAUCAGAACAGGCAGAUAUGCAGUGCCAGAGUUUAAUAUUUUACUUCCUAGCCUUGUGUUUCAAUAAAAAAAAAAAGAGAUUAUGAGAGUCAAUUAGAAUUUGUACACUCCCAAGAAACGACUUAAAAAACAAAGCAAACACCUUGCAAUUACACUUUGUUUUCACUUAUGCAUGUCACUCUCCUGUGCUUUUUAUGGCGGUGUGUGCAGCCAUGAUCCUGUUCCAUACAUCCUUCUUUCCAUGCCUAAAAAAAAAAACAAACAAAAAACAAACAAAAAACAAACAAACAAACAAACAAAAACUAAGUACGAAGCACGGAAUUUUAAUUUUCUUUUUCCUCGUUAAGAGAGGAGAAUUGAAUUAGCUGACAGAGCCUUUUUCACCAGUUUCUGUAACGCUAUCUCUGUAUGUUCAAAUGCAACUUUGUACCUACAGAUCACUUACAAAUGAAAAUGAAAUUAUAUUAGCAGCAACACAUUAGCAACAGCACAUGCUUUGAAAGGCUUUACUGAAACUAAUAACAGAGAAAGUAUUACUCAUGUCAGGAGUCAGACAACCUCCAAUUCUUCUUCCCUUAUAUUUGAUGACAUGCUAACCAUUUGUUGAAUCACCUUUUCACUGCAGUUAGAAAAGUAAAGACAGCAAGGUGGAGAACAUGCUUGCAGGAUUAUAAGUGCUGCACAAAUACAGAAGUUUCUUGUUUCUUAGGAUGCAACGCAUUUGCGUUUCAGAUAUUGUGUGUUUUGUAUGAGAAAGACUAUAUCACGUUGCACAGGAGCAGUGUUCCUCUGGGCCCUCCAGAGUUAGUGAUCACGUAGGCUGUAUUAAGAAAUCCUAGAUUUAUAGGAGGAAUGUUUUCAAGAUGACAUGAAAUUUUGCUAAUGGCAGCAUAAAGUAACAUAAUGCUAUGACUCAGUUUUCAGGAUACCUUUAUUAGUCAAUAUUAAUUGUUGACAGUAUUGAUAGAAGUUAUAGCCUUUAGCUGAAGUCAAUAAGGAGCUUUAUGAACCUGCCAUCAAUAGAAGAUUUUACGGGGCCCAUUAAACCAACUUUUCCAGUGAAGGUUAACGUCAGCAAUUUUUACGUUGUUCAUUAUUUAUCCAAAAUAAAUAAUCAGAAUUUACUUCUGAUGCUUCUAAAUCCAAAGCUGUCAAACCACAAUUCUACCGAGAUAUUCAUUUUAUUCUUAGAAAAUAAGAGGUCCAACUCCCUCAGCUUUUGCAGGUUUCUUUGAGGAGUGAUGAUACCUUGAAGGAAGAGAUACUCUGUUCAGUAAGUUCAGCCACAAUCCACCCCUGUCUUUAAGGAAACCAAUGAAGCCAUCUGGUUCCAUGGCAUAUUGCAGUCCAUAAAUCACUUGCACAGGCAGGUGGCAUGAAAAAACAUGUGAUGUUUUAUCUAAACUAUCCCAAGGCUGUCCAGGAGGUUGAAUACUUUUACUAAGUUAUGAGUUUGUUUUCAGUAAAGUAGGCCUGUGUUUUAACACAUCAGUUCCUCCACAACCAAACAGCCCUGAUAGCCUCUCCUCAGACGGCCAAUGCUUUUUGCUCAAUAUGACUCCUCAUUUGGCAGAAAAAGGUAAUGGAAGAGACCUCUCUAUGUCUCCUCCAGCAUAAUGCAUCACUGAAUGUCUGGAAAAGAAUUCUGGAGAAUACUUUCUGUUAUAUUAGAUUGCACUUUCUCCACAAGACAAACAAAAGAAGUUCCUGAGGUGGUCAUUGGAUCUUUGCCUGACAUUGACUUCACCAGCAUUACCUUAGAUAACCCUGAACAGCCUUUGCACUGAGCUAGCAGAUCUUUAAUAUAGAGAAGAACACAGUUAAUGAGAACACAGUAAUUGUCUUCCUGAAAUUGACUUAUUUUGCAGCAAUUCAGCCAAAGCCAAAAUAUUUCUAAUCACAGAGUCAUCAUCACAAAAAUACAGAGCCACAGAAUAAUUUUUGUUGGAAGUCACCACUACUAGUCCCUGAUCCAGCUAUUUUCAGCUUAAAGUAGGGCUAACUUGAAGGUUAGAUCAGAUUGUUUUGUGCCUUAACUAGUAGCAAUUGAGUAUCUGCCAGGCUGGAGAGUCCACAGCCCCUGUGUCAGUUUUGGUGCUGAUCACUGUCAUUGUGAACAACUCUUCUCCUUGGAGGUACUCACAAUUUCUACUGCUACAACUCUUAUCUGCUCACCAUGCACGUUCAAGAGCAGUCUGGUUCUGUCUUCUGUAUAUCCUCACACCUAAAAUAGUUAAAAGAUAUCAACUACAUCUCCCUUUAGCCAUCUCUUUGAACUGAACAAAGCUACUGUGAUCCUCCUCUCCUUGUAAAUUGUCGGUAGUAGGCACUGGAAAAGACAGUUAAAAAAGUCUGGAAACUCCCAAUUUUAGAAGUUUUGAAGUGUAAACAAGAGAAA